AGCGGAGCGAGAGGGGAGGGAGAGGGAGGAGAAUUGAAAACCUGGGAAAAAGCUGAGCGCGGCCCAGUUAAUCCAUCACUCCAGGGGGAAUAGCUCAUUAACCCAUUAAACGGGGAGGUUAAAGGCGUGCUGGGAAGAGGGGGAAGAGGGUGGGAGAGGGCGAAGGACGGGGGAGAAGGUUGGAAAGGAGCGGGCCCGAGAGGGAGAAAAGGGGGAGCAAGCCCCCACCUCUUCCCAGGGCUGUGUGUGUGAGUGAGUGUGUGUGUGUGAGUGAGUUUGAGUGUGUGUGUGUGUGUGUGUGUGUGUCUGCACACACACCCCAGAGUGGCAUUGGAUUCGCUGCUGCUGACCAUGAAGAGGCUGUGCGAGGAGACCUCUUCGGACACCGAAUCGGAUGGCAUCAUAGACGUGGGAAAAGAAGAAUACAGCCAAAUAUCCAGGUCUGUUUCCCCAACCACCACAUCUCAGAUGCAAGCCAGGAAAAAGCGGAGAGGGAUUAUAGAGAAACGGAGACGAGACCGGAUCAACAGCAGUUUGUCUGAACUUCGGCGCCUUGUUCCCACCGCCUUCGAGAAGCAGGGCUCUUCCAAACUGGAGAAAGCAGAAAUCCUACAGAUGACAGUGGACCAUUUGAAAAUGCUCCAUGCUACAGGAGGAACAGGAUUCUUUGACGCCCGGGCCCUGGCAGUGGAUUACAGAAGCAUCGGCUUCCGCGAGUGCCUGACUGAAGUCGUCAGAUACCUGGGGAUCCUCGAGGGACAGAGCAGCGCCGAUCCCAUCCGCAUCCGGCUCCUCUCCCAUCUGAACAACUACGUUUCUGAGAUGGAGCCAUCACCGGUGGCCGCGGCCCUCCUGCCCUUUCAGGCCUGGCCCUGGUCCUUCCUGCAAGGCGGGCCAGCACCCACCGGGCCUGCCAGCCGGGUCCAGGUGCCACAGCGGGAACCGGCCCCGGGCCUGGCUCUCUUGACUGCUUCCUCCCUCGCCUACCCCGGCCCGACUCCAAGAUCGGCUCCUCUCCGCCGGCCGCCCGGCGCCGCCCUGCCCACCCGCCGGGGUCUCCUGCCUGGCCGGGCUGGCUCAUCGUCUCGGAGGGGCCGGUCUGCCGGGGCACCGGCGGCCCCCGGCGGCCCCCCGAGGGCCACGGCGUCCAAGGACAGCCGGGUCACCGCGGCGGCGGCCUUCCUUCUCUCCUCCUCUGCCUCAGCCGCAGCGGCCGGGCCCCCGGCUUACACAACCCCGCCGGCCGUGUUGAAUCCUUCUCCCCAGGGGUUGGCCGUCAGGGUUGCCGCUGCCAGACUCUGCCGCUCCUGGGCCACUGAAAUCGGUGCUUUUUAAUUUGGGUCAUGGGGCAGGGGGGAGGGGAGGGAUCUCUUCCCAAACUUCACCAGAGAUACCGUCCUUCCGGGGAGGGUUUCCCACAGUGGAAGCCACUGAUCUGAGAUCAAGGGGAACGCCCAGCUGAGCAGCCUUCCUGCUUUGCUUUGUGGAAAUAAUAGCUCCUCCGAGACUCUCCUCUCUCUUUCCACACUCUCCCGCUUCUCCUCCCUUGUUCAGUUCCCCCUCAAUCCCUUCCACAUUAGCUCCCCCAGCUCCUAAGCCUACCCCACUUCCCUUCAUCUCCAUCCUCAUUUAUUUAUACCUCCUCCAUUUCAGCUUUACUGAUAAUCGUAUUGAACUUAAAUGGACUUUUCAGUAUAUGGCUACAUUUCGCCCCAGCAGAUGGGGAGUGAAAUUUAUCUCCAAGCCUUGAGAAAAAGUGCUCUCCUCAUGCACGGAUACAAGAGAGUCUCAAAGACUAACACCCACGUAGAAGCAGACGCCCCUUUAUUCGGCGUUGGGUCUAAUCGGGGUGUGGGAUUCCGUUGAAAAAAAAUUGGUUAGAGAAAAAGAAAUAAAUUGUUUCCAGGACUGGGGGCGAGACCGAGGCCUCAGGCAACAAAUUCACAUUCUCACACUGGUUUCUUGAGAGCUGCUGUCUCGGGGGCAGCAAAACACUGGCUGGUUUGUUCUCAGUUAAAAGCGUGCCAUCGCAGUGCUAAGCAUAAGCAUACGAUGUGUGGAGAAGUACGUGUGAUUAGUUGUCCCUGCCUUGGAGCGUGUGGGAUCGUUUGGGAGCUAACUGGACGUGCCCCAGGGCUGUACUCGACCCUGGCAUGCUCUGCCCUCCAGGGAGAAGCCCAAGUGUCUCAUAAGGUGCAUUCGGGUUCCAGAGAUCGAAAUAAACAGAUUCCCGGUAGGCAAGGCUGACAUGCUCCUUCUCUGCCAAGUCUGUCUGGCUUCGGGUCAUUUUAGAUGCUAAUGAGAGCCCUCAUAAAACAUGCCAGUUACCUUCUCGUCCUCCUCCUCCUCCUCUUUCUCUUCCUUCUCCUUCUCUUCCUCCUUCUCCUCUUCCUCCUCCUCUCUCCUCCUCCGGCACCUUCCAAAUCCAGAUCAAUGUCAGCUUCGCAACUGUAUAUGUCCUAUUUCAUUCAACAGCUGAACUUUGAUACCUAGGUAUUCCAAUACCUUGAAGGUUUCCAGAGACCAAACAUUUCUCAGCAACAUUCCCAACUCAAAAGGGGGGUGUGAAAUUGAAUUUCUAGCCAGAGAAUUGGAGGUGUGGCAUACCUGUAGACAGGAACCUGGUCUCGGAUUUUGUGCCCCUGAAGAUUUCGGUCAGUCUUCAUCCACCCUGUGUGACUUUCUGUUUGUGGUUGUCAUGGAGGAAGGGAAGGGGUGUAUGGUAGUGAAAUAUCAUGUACCCAAAAGCUGAAUCUGUAUUAGAGAUUGAGAUUCCUUAUUCCCAAGACCAGUUUUCUUCUGAUCCGGGAAGCCGAUUCUGUCGCCGCAGCUUUGUGCUACCCUGAAACAGGAACAAACACCACAAAGGGACGGGAAGAGGAGAGCCGUCAGGAGCUUAUUUGGCUAAUAUUUUCCUGGCCCCAGCCGAGUCAGGCAACUGGCGAGUUGCCUAUUUGGGCAUAUGGUUCAGGGGUAGACCUCAAAACGGCUAUGUCUGUGCCGUGGGGAGUUUCUGAUGAAGGCACAAGAAAGAGACAUUUUACUCGGCGGAGAGAAAAAUCCCCAAACCAUGCCUAGACCAUAAGAAGGUUAUAUUGUACUCUCCCAAGUGCUUAGGACAGUGCUCUGCAUACAGUAAGAGCUCAAUAAAUGCGAUUGACUUAUUGAUGGCAGGGACUGUGUUCUGUCCAUGUCAGUGACCCAUUGCAUUCACUCUCUUUGUGGUCACUCUCCUUCCCUGAAGUAGCUGUAUAAUCAAGGAAAGCCCCGUCAUUCCUGAUUAUAUUCCCAGGAAAUACCCUUUCGGACCGUCGGCUGCAGCUUUGCCUCGCAGUUUACCGAGAGUAGUCACGCCUCACUUUGUUCUACGUAGAGUUGUUAAAUGGUCAAGCAGCGGAUCAAAAUAAAGUCCUUCAAACCCCA